ACUCUGACAGUAACCUUGUGCAAAACUGCUCACUGCUUUUGUUCAGAUGAGAUCCGCAUCGGUUCCUACCGAAACUUCUUUGAUUCAGUCAACCUGAUUAGCGGUGCGGAGGACGCCGCCUCCAACUUUGGUCGUGGAUACUUUCACCUGUCCGCCGAUCUCCUCAAGCCCACAACAAAUGCCAUGCGUAAGCAGGUUGAACAGUGUGAUGGCCUGCAGGGCAUCAUAUUUCACAGGGCCUAUGGUGGCGGAACAGGGACCGGAUUCGCAUGCGCCCUUCUGAGCGCGAUAACUGAGGAGUACUUCAAGACCCCCUGUGUCGAUCUGGGCAUCAUGCCGAGUUUGACAAUGGCCUGUGGACCAGUGGAGCCCUACAAUGCCAUGCUUUCCUGUCAAAUUCCUAUUGAGGAUGUGAGUUUGGCCAUGAUGAUGGACAACAAGGCCCUGAUGAAUGUGUGUGGCAAGAAACUGGCCACCUUCCGGCCAACGUUUACCAACUUCAAUCGCAUCGUCGCACAGACUUUGAGCGGACUUACGGCCUCCUUUCGCUUCAAUGGGCUGAGCAAUAUGAACAUCAGUGAUCUGCGCACAAAUCUGGUUCCCUAUCCGGAAGCCCACUUUGCGCUCACCGCUUUUGCACCAUUUGCCAUCCAAGAGUCCCUCGACCGCUGGGCCCCAAGCACGUCUCAUCUCACAGAUGAGGUUUUUUCGCCGGCCAAUCAACUCAUCAGCCACAGCGGGGAGCAGCCCAUCUACCUGUCCUGUUGUCUGUUCUACCGGGGCAAAGCCGGGGUCCGCGAGGUCAACGCCAGUCUCGAACGACUGCGCCGUUCAGGCGACUUGCCAUUGGUUGAUUGGUGUCCAACCGGCUUCAAGGUAAGUUCGCCGAACGGCUCACUUAUUGGAGGACUCUAG